UCUCCAUUAUUGGAUCAGUUACUUGGUUCUCUUCCUAACCUACAAAAACACAGUGAUUUCUACAGUACCCAUCCAUAAAAUAGUUUCAACUUGUUCCACAUUUCUAGCUGGUGUUUUUUCAGACCGGUUAGUUUCAAUUUCUCUCUUCUCUCAACAUUUUUUUACUGUCAAUUUUGCGUUUCCGAAACCCUAAAUAUAAUCUUUAAUAAUACCGUUAAUGGGUUUCCCAAAUUGCGGUUGAAGUUCUUGGUUUCAGUAGAUGUAAUACUUGUAGGGUAGGCUUCAGGCGACCAUGAUGUAACAAUGAUGAUCUUGUUUCCUUUUUGUUUGUAAAGGUUUGUUUUCUCUACGGUUGCUGUGGUUAGUUUGACAGAGCAACCAUGUUUGCAUUUUCUCGGAAAGGGAAGAAGCUUGGAAGAGUAAAAGUUCAGCUUUCUGACUCUGCUCAGGGCACACGCAGUCCUGUUCGACACCCCAAGCGCAUAAACAAUUCCCAUGUGGAUGGUGUUACGGCUGCUACCAAUGAUUCUGAUGAUAAUAACCGCUGUUCAUCCACUACACCCGAGCUAGACAAUUCCACCUGUGGGAACAGUGAAGGAUGGAAAAAGCUUCCGACUAGUGGGGAUAAGCCUACCCCUCGUUUCAAUCAUGCAGCAGCUGUAAUUGGAAAGAAGAUGAUUAUCGUUGGUGGUGAAUCUGGAAACGGUUUGUUAGAAGAUGUACAGGUUCUCAAUUUUGAGAAUUUUACCUGGACGGCAGCUUCAUCAAGACUAUACCUUUCACCAUCUAGUCUUACACUAAAGAUUCCUGCAUGCAAGGGUCAUUGUUUGGUACCUUGGGGGAAAAAGGUGCUUUUGAUUGGAGGGCGAACUGCCCUGCAAAGUGAUCGAGUGUCAGUGUGGGCAUUUGAUGCAGAAACAGAGUGUUGGUCACUUAUGGAAGCAAAAGGAGACAUCCCGGUUGCUCGAAGUGGCCACACUGUAGUCCGAGCAGGCUCUGCAUUAAUCCUUUUUGGAGGUGAAGAUAUGAAGAGGAGAAAAUUAAAUGACCUACAUAUGUUUGAUCUUAAGUCACUGACAUGGCUUCCUCUUCAUUGCACGGGACCUGGACCUUCUGCAAGAUCAAAUCAUGUUGCAGCUCUCUAUGAUGAUAAAUUGCUUCUAAUAUUUGGAGGAACUUCAAAGUCGAAAUCUUUGAAUGAUUUGUACUCGCUUGACUUUGAGACGAUGAUGUGGUCAAGAAUUAAGAUACGGGGAUUCCAUCCAUCACCUCGAGCUGGUUGUUGUGGAGUCUUGUGUGGAACAAAAUGGUAUAUUGCGGGAGGUGGCAGCAGAAAAAAGCGGCAUCCAGAGGUAUUAGCGUUUGAUAUCUUAAAACGGGAGUGGUCUGUUGUUCUUGCAUCAUCCCAACAAUCUAUCACCACCAACAAGGGCUUUAGCCUCGUGCUUUUACAAAAGAAGGAUACAGAAUAUCUGGUUGCAUUUGGAGGUCUCAAGAAGGAACCAUCAGACCAGGUUGAGGUAUUGAUGAUGGAAAGAAAUGAAUCAUCCAUGAGUCGACGAUUAGCACUAUCAGAGAAACGCUCUUCAUCUACAGGGCCUGCAAUGCUUGGUGCGGCAGUGGGUAGUCUUGGGAGACAAAAUCUAGCUUCUGCAAUUGAACAUCAUGGUUCUGGUAGGAAGUCUUUGUCGGAAUCCUUGUUAGUGGAUUCGAACGCUGGUAAUGUCUCACUCCGGAAAGAACAUGUUGAUGAGGACAUGGCUUUGAAACUGGCAAGAAGUUUUGAAGAUGAAAGAUCCUCACUGCCAAUGGAGCAGAUAAGAAAACAAUCAGAUACCAGCACUCAGACUAGCAUUGGUGGAGGUAGAACAAAUGCCGAAGAGACUUUGUCCAUGGUUGAAACUGAAAACACAGACAAGGAGGAGAAAGAAAGAAAUGUUAACUUGCAUCCCAAUAAUGACGAUACCAUCCCAUUUCAAGAAACUGAUGGAAAAUCAGGGUUUUUUCCGGCUUCUUCAAGUAUAUAUCAAUUGUAUGAAAUAAAAAUGUCUGCUUUGGUAAGAAAGAAUGGGAUUCUAGAAGGUCAGUUAGCAGCUGCAUUGGCUAGUCGUGAAGCUGCAGAGAAGAAUCUGUCUUCUGUUCUGAAAAGCAGGCAAGAAGUCGAGAAGAGGUUGGCCGACACCUUGAAGGACAUGGAACUGAUGAAGGAGAAACUAGUGUUGGUAGAAAUGGCACAAGAAGAGGCAAACAGUUUGUCAAAUAUAGUGCACACUGACCAUGUGCGGCUUGAGCAUGAUGUGGCUUUUCUGAAGGCCGUUUUGGAUGAUACACAGAAGGAAUUGCAUUCAACCAGAGGAGUCCUCUCAGGAGAAAGAGCAAGAGCAUUUCAGCUACAGGUCGAAGUUUUCCAUCUGAAACAAAGACUGCAAUCAAUGGAGAAUCGAACACCAACACCGAGAAAACCAUUCCAUGGAUGAUGAUGACUACAAGGGUGGUGGUACAUUAUGUAUUGGUAGCAAUUUAUUUCUCUAAACACAACAUGACCAUGUGACCAUGGCUUUGUAAGAUUAUAACCCCAUUAUGUAAAUUUCCACAUCCUCUUUUUGCUGUAGUUUUUA